AGCUGUCCCAGGGCAGAGCCCAUCCGUUGUGGACAAGGAAGGCCUCAGUUCUCAAUGGUGUUACUCCCUUCAGGCUGGCACUGGGGCCAAUCCCCCAAAUAGUUAAUUAUAAUCUUAGUUUGCUACUUGUGGCAGCUCCCUUUGUGCAGUAGGAUGUCUCCAGGAAACAAUCUGCAAGUAGAGAUACACUGUUGUACUAUCAUGAAGGUAUUUCAUAAGAACAUCUGGGAAAGGGAUUAAUAGUUCUGGUUUGACAGGUCUUGUCUCCACUACAAAAUUAAGGCACAACUUUGAAGUCUAGUUAAAUAACAAUACUGUCCACUACUUUGCAAUUAGUGUAGCCAAGGGUAAGUCCUGUUCAGCAUCAUGUCAGCUAAUCAUGUUUAAACCUUGGUGCAGCAUUACCUUAGUGCUCUGGUUUUCACUACAUCCAGGAGGCCUUGGAAACGUGAAUGGGGCUGGACCCCUGCAUGCCGUUCAUUUAUAGUUUUACACAGCACAACAUGGUGGCAGAUAUGCAGUACUGCAGCUUCUCAUAUGGCAAAACCAGCAAUGCUAGCUUGGUUUUUCCCCCCCUUUUGCUUUUUCAUGGGUGACUAGAUUUGUAGCCCCAACUUUCUGCUGGCCAGGAAAUGCUAUAGUGACAGAUGGUUUUAGUUAUUAAAACCAAAAACACAUACAAAAAAGGCAGAAAAAAGAAAGGGAAGAAAAAUCAGCCUGGAAAGGUGGAGGGGUCUGAUUAGCUCAAGUCAAAGAAAUGUGGAGCCAAUGCUCUAAUGCUAGUCUCCAGUACCCACCAUCUACACAAGGCAUUUUAAGCCAGAUUGAUUUAAGGUGUAGAGCUUUUUCACAACACUAGACCCAGGAUUGAGGGGUAAUCAUUAUGUGACUGGUACUAUCUGAAUUUCUGCAAAGCAAAAUGAGAAAUUAUUUUAAUCAUGUUUUAAAUUAAAAACAUUAUUUUGGAAAUAUAAUAGGCUCAUGUCUGGUUUAUGUUGUUCCUUCCCUCCCUGCUCUAAAAUAAGAUUACAGCCCCUGGUUGUAGCAUGCUGCACACGUUGGUGUAAACCAACAGAACACAUUUACAUUCAGACAUCUGAAGAAGAUAAUGUGUAACAAUGAAAUGGGGGCAUUAGGGCACGGAACAUUGAUUUGCUAAAAUAAAUCCUCUGAUGUCAUCAGAUUCUGUGUUACAACAAAGAGCUGCCUCCAUUUUUCAUUCUGUUUAUUAACUUUAUUCUAAAGUGUUGCUUAGUUACUAACCUGAGGGAUUUUCUUCAAAAUCAGAAUUAAAACUUGCUUUCCAGCUGUUUCCUAUUUAAUUUCAGAGCACACAGAUUUCUACACACAUUGAAGAAAGUCAUUAAGGACAACUUCCUGAGGAGUCAUUGAAAGUAUGUUUAAGAAGCUCCAAGCUUGUUAUGAAACUUACAUCAAAACCUUUUUCUCUUCUGUGAAGGAAGAGCCCUACAAUCCAACUGACAGCAUUUUUCAUAAGCAAAAAAUUGUUAGAUAUGGCACCGAUGUGAGGAACACACAACUACCCCUUGAACAGAGAGCCCAAGCUGCAAAAAAUAUUGGACUGCUAGUGUACACAGGUGGGCCAAAUGCUGGACUAUAUGCAUCAGAAUACAUUGAGGAUGUAAUUGAUUUCUUGCACAUGCCAGACACUUCAGCAAAUGUGAGGAUCCUGGUGCUCCAAGGGCUGUGCGGUAUUUGCUAUAUAAAUUACAGUAACCAAAACAAGGUAAAAGAUCUGAAUCUUGCAGAUAUUCUUCUUGCUUGUCUCACUGAAGAUGAACAUUCAUCCCCAGCUAGCAACCAUAUUACCGUGGUUAAGUUCUGGGUUUGUUACCUUCUGACUGUCCUUUGUUGCCACAAUACCCCUUAUAUUAGAAUAAUCCAUGAAUUGGGAGGUCAAAAGCUGGAAACAAAGCUGAAAUUCCUGUCUAGCAUGGAAUGGUCUGGCUGGCCAGAUAAUUAUGCAGAAAUACUGUUGUCCCUUUUGGGGUUUCACAAAGCUCAACUUACUUCUGGUAUUUAAAAUGAAAUAACUCUCUCAAGGAUUGUUAUAAUCUGAACAAUUUACAUGGCAUAAUAAAGAAAAUGAAGACAAAUUAAAUAAUGUCACUUUUCCUCUUCCCCAUCUCCCAAUAACUAGUUUAGAAUUAAAAAAAAAAAAAAAUGAACAGGACCUAUCUCAGCUCCUAAAAUCAUCCAUUAUUCACCCUCUCCCUCCACUGGAAAGUCAGGACUACCUCACAGAACAGGUAAUCUGCCAUCAGGUUCCUUUUCCCCAGCCAAUGCCUUACCAAACACCCUUCUCCUUUCCCUUCCUGACACACCUACACAGUAACUUCAAAGGAUUCCAGACUAACACUCACUUGAAUAGUAGGCUGGAGCAGGGGUUAGGGUGACCUUGGUGUAGCAUAGCCCCAACAGGAUGUGAUAUGUCUGCUGAAGAGGCUAGUCAGCAUACUGAUUCAGCAGAACUUGGGGGAGUGCACAUUGCUUCUUUCUAAAAGGCCUGCUCCUACUGACAUUACAAUAAAUGGGUAGUAUCAGACUCUAAAGGAAUACUAAGAUACAUCAAUAUUAACCCCCACCCUCACACAAAUCUAUUCUCCCCUGCACUGGCUCAGGAACCUUUCAGACAGCUAGCCUCACUGCUAUCCACUCUUCGGUGCUAACCUUUACAAUAAAAUAGGAUAUUUGAAGAGAGCAAGGUCUUGAAAACAUGAAGCAUGAGAUUACAAUUUACAAAAUGUGCACAGCAUGCCAGGUGCUUUACAAACAUGUAUAAAGUUCCUGUCCUGAAGCAUUUACCAUCAUGAGACAAAAAGAAAAGGAGUACUUGUGGCACCUUAGAGACUACACGGCUGCUACUCUGAAACCUGUCAUCAUGAGACAGAAUGCUCCAAACAAUUACACAUACAAGUAGUCCCAACAAACAGAGCCAGGACUGUGAAUCUUUUUAAAAUCACAUGGAGAUACCAGAGAGCCUUUCAGUCCUAAUCAAAAACCUGUUGCCAGGUUCUCUUACAGUCCUUCUAGGUCAAUGCCUGCCCUAUAAACUGAAGAGAAUUUUCUGGGAAAGGUCCCCUCUCACUGCUGUACGUGCUGGGUACAGCUCAUAAAGCAGGAAGUGCUUUGGGAACCUCU